AUGGCUGCAGCCACACUUUUGCUCUUUAUCCUGAGUACGAUGCACAUCGUAGCGGAUGCAAGACGCCUCUAUGUGGGGAUCGUGUUGUCUAAAGACGCUGAGCGGUAUUUCCAGGAUCUCGAGACUGAGAUGUGGAAGAACAGUGUGUAUGGAGUAGAAACUCUUGUCGCCGACGCUGUUCUCAUUUAUCGCUGCCACGCUGUGUGGCAGAGACUCUGGGUGAUUGUGGUCCCUGUUCUCGGAUGGUGCGGGAUCGUGGUCACUGGAAUUCGUUCCAGUUGGGCGAUCGGACACAUCAAGACGAACGCCAAUGAAGUGUUCGACGAUCUGACGUUUCAGUGGGGACUCGCGUUUUACGCGACUGCUCUGGCGACAGAUUUCCUUGCAACAGGUCUCUUGGCGUACAAGCUGUGGCUAGCCAUCCGCGCGGCGUCACGAAUCGACGGUGGAGCGGUUCGGUGCCGGGGAAGCUCCUUGAAGUCUGCAAUGCUUGUUGUUCUCGAAUGCGGUGCGCUGUACUCGCUCUCCCUUCUCGUGACUAUCAUUGUCUACACGUUGUGGAGCAAUUCCGUCUUCGUCAUGAUCGACGUGGUUGGCCAAAUCAUUCCGAUCACGUUUUACAUCGUGAUUAUAAGGGCGACGAUGGCGCGGGUCAUGGAGGACCAUCAGAGUCGGACCGUGUUGAGCGAAAUCGUGUAUGCGCCGCCGUCGUUAACAGAGACAGCUCAGUCAAAAGUCAGUGGACCGACCGGAGCACAUCUCGUGCGAUGGGGCGCGUGUGCGGGUGGGUCAAAGGAGGUGGGUGGCGUCGACGGGGAGGGGAAGGAAGGUCAAGUUUUGUGGGGGAGCGAUUGCGGUAUGCAGGUGUGA